UGUAUACAGCGAAUGCUUGAUUGUGACAUUGCACUGUUUUUGAGCAGUAGAGAUGGUUUUAUGACUUCAUGAAGCAGCGUUAUUGUGCUCCAAUACAGUAUGGUCGUUUGAUUGUGCCGUGUUGGCUGUGUGAGUUAUUGACAGUUACACUUAUCUAUCGAGCUUCUCUCUUCACUUUAACGAGUACAACAACUGAUAACAGCUUAUAAUUGAGUUGCAGUUACGUGGUCGCAAAGGUAGAUUGUGUUGUGUUUUACUUCGCCCAAAAAUCUAGACUAUUCUGUUGUGAUUUUUCCAAGUAACAUAUUGUCACCUAUUCAGUAAAAUGAAGGGGAUGGAUUCCAAACCCUAUUCCACUCCAGGGAUGAGAUGCAUCAAAUACCUUCUCAUCCUGUUCAAUUUGAUGUUCAUGAUAACUGGACUUUGCAUAGUAAUUGUUGGUACUUCAAUCAAUGAGUUUUAUGCUGACUACGCACAUUUCCUUGAGGACCGCUUCUUCUCGCCUUCAGUGUGGCUCGUGGCACUUGGAAUGAUAAUAUUUUUCAUCGCUUUCCUCGGAUGUUUAGGAGCAUUGAAAGAGAGCACAUGCUUAGUCACUGUUUUCACAAUCAUUCUUGGGCUGAUUUUCUGCGUUGAAUUUUUCGUGGGCGUUUCUGGCUACAUAAUGCAGAAGAAGUUGGCUGGAAUGCUGGUGCACAGCAUGAACGAAACUAUGCACGAUUAUAAGACUGAUGCCAAUGCAAGAAUCACCAUCGACAGACUUCAAAAUGAGCUGCAGUGCUGUGGCAUAAUUAGGCCGGCGGACUGGGAAGGUGUCUUGUCGCCGGUGGAGAUGGACACCAUCCAGGUGCCAGAGUCGUGUUGCUCGCGAUUCCUGAGCGACAAGCGUUGCAUCGCCACCCAUAACCGCGGCUGUCUGCCCAAGUUGCAUUUCUUGAUCGGAGAGAGUACUCUGUUGUUAGUUGCCACAGCCAUCAGUAUUGCCUUCAUGCAGUUGGUGGGAGUUCUGUUCGCAUACUCGCUGGGCCGCAUGAUCCGCUUCCAGAAGCAGGAGAGAGAGCGUCGUAAGUGGGAGAUGCGCGAACGCCUCAUCAGCAGCUACACCAACAACGGACUGAAAGGAGGUGACGUCGGCCCAGUGCUCUACAUGACCGUUUCCGAGCCCCACAGGGGCCCCCCACCACCACCCGCUCCACCCCUACCCCCACACACCGACCAACAGUAAAACGAUUCGUGCCCAGUCACAGAAAAUUUAGCAUCUAUAGUAUAGAAAAGAUAUUCGCAAACCAAUGUAUGUCACAUUUUUGAACUGAAGUAUUCACACUUCAAAACAUGAUAGAUGUUAACUUUUCUCUAUGCUCCAGUUGAGUUGGUGAUUUGUACCAGGUUGCUCCAGAAUAUAUUGGAUUAUUUGAAUAUUUCAAUGAUAACCAACAAGUCAUUGAAAGAAGAGAUAUUCUUUUCUGAUUGUAUUGUUUGUUACUUCUCAUUAAUCAAAGAAAACCCCGCUAUAAACUGAGGAAAAGUGAACUGGUUCAGUACAUAAUCUGAUAGCUUGAUCCAAUCGAAUUUGUGCCAGUUUACUAAAUUUUCUUGUUGAAUUAUUUGAUAAUUCAAUUACAUAAACAGAGGAAAAGUGAAUUGAUUUAAACGUAGCUUGAUCCAAUCGACUUGGCAAUUUGUGCCAGGUUACUACAUUUCGUGUUGAAUUAUUAGAGAAAUCAAUUCCAUAGACAUCGGAAAAAUUAAUUGCUUUAAACGUAGCUUGAUCCAAUCGACUUGGCAAUUUGUGCCAGGUUACUACAUUUCGUGUUGAAUUAUUAGAGAAAUCAAUUCCAUAGACAUCGGAAAAAUUAAUUGCUUUAAACGUAGCAUGAUCCAAUCGACUUGGCAAUUUGUGUCAGGUUACUACAUUUCGUGUUGAAUUAUUUGAUAAUUCAAUUACAUAAACAGAGGAAAAGUGAAUUGAUUUAAACGUAGCUUGACCCAAUCGACUUGGUUAAUUUUUGCCAGUUUAAUCCAUUUGGUGUUGAAUAAUUUCAACAUUUUAAAGCACUUGAGCAGAUUUUUUCUAAACCAGGUUAUUCUAUUUGAGUUGGAUUAUUUGAAAAUUGAAUUUCCUGUUCAUUAUCAACAAGUAUUGAAUAAUAAUCAGCAUGCCAUAAAGUAUAGAGAUAUCAAUUUCAAGUUAUAUUGUUUGUUUUUACAUUAAUGUAAGAAAUUACAUCUGAAGAUAACUAAAUAUUAAUAGGAAUAUUAACACGAAAGAUAACGAUUGCCACUGCGAAGUUAUGAACAUUUAUUCGAUAAAAUAUAAAUUUUUAAUUCAUAUUGUUUGUUUUACUCCAGGUAUAACAAAUUCUAGUUUGUGUUGGAUUAUUUGAAAAUUAUAAUAUUUGUACAUCUUUUUGUUGGGGUGUCCCUUACGGGAAAUUAAUUAUUUGUAAUUGAAAUGUGAUGUCCAAUGAUCAUCAGCAUCCUAAGAAGUCAGUAUUGAAUAAUAAUUAACAUGCCAUCAAAUAUAAGUAGUAUGAAAUAUUCAUUUACUUGUCAAAAAGUAUUGGGUGGAUAUAGAUAUCUAUUGCACAAGAUAUGAACUUAUACUAUCAAGUUUUGAAAUAUUUAUUUUAAUUCGUUUCGUUUAACACUAAAUUUAUGUGUUUUACUCAUAAAAAAUAUGGAGGAUAGAAACUAAUUGCACCCACUUUUAGGCUACGACAGUACUUGUCAAAUAAUAUUUAAUAGAAAUUAAAAAUUACUGCACCAAGUAUAAAGGCAAGUCAUAAAGUCAUUAAUUUGUUGUUCACCAAUUUUUCAAGAUUGUGGAUGCUAGAAAUAACAAGACUUGGUUAUUUAUGGAUUUUGCUUUUUAUUCUUAGAUCAUUUACGUUAGUUUUAGCAAAUAACUUGAUUAUUUUACAUACUAAUUAAUUUAUUUUAAAAUAUUGUCAAGUAUUUAUCUUCGUUUCAAUUUUGUAAGAUAAGGGGUGAAUUAUUAUGAUUUUUCUUUUUACUUUAGAUUAGUUUAAUAAUUUGUUCGUUCACUAUAUUGUUAAAUUUUGUGUUGAUUUACUAUGAAGAAAAUAUAUAAUAAUACAAUAAAAAUAUAGAGUUUUUGCACUUA